AUGGAUGAUCGUUGGGGACAAGCUAUAGAAAAUUUGACUAAAGCGCUAGAGGAGAUAAAUCAGAGGUUGCAGCGGUUGGAGAACGAUGUUAUUCGUGUAGAACAGAUGAUGCACUGGUUGGAUCAGAGGUUGCAGUGGUUGGAGAAUAGCCUUCCUCAUGAAGAAGAACAGCCUGUUAUAGCUUAUGCUCAAAAAACAUGGAAAUUAGCUUCUGGGGAGAACAUGCAUGCUGAGAGUGGUUAUUGGCGGCCAAAGGUUGACGGGUCAAUUGAAGUUGUUAUUGCUCAAAGUACUGGUCUAGUGGAGGUCCAGAAGGGGACAUAUGAUGCUGAGAAGAAGAUGGUACAGCUUCAAAGCGAACUUAUAGGGAAUGCCACAAAGGUGAGAGAAAUAACCCGAACUUUUGAGUUUAUCAGUGGAGAACUAGUUUACUUUGUUCAGAUGGCUACAAAUUCAACAACUCUACAGCCGCAUUUGAGAGGACUGCUUAAGAAGAUAUGA